AGUGCGGACUCUAGUGGCGCCAGUUUGUGGUUCUCGCAGCUUCCUGAAAAACUAGCUUGGUUGUCGUUCUCAAUGCCGUCGCCAGGCUCCUACACACUCCAUUCGCAGAGACUCGUCACAGUUGUAGCGGUAGUGUCGACCUCCUGCAUUCCACCGAGAUUCUACAUCGCCGAGUUUGCUACAGUUCGAACCCUAAUCCUUUGAGAGAGUUGUCCCAAGUGCACUUUGUAAAUCGAGGUUUCUCGGCUCUGCACCGAUAGCAGAGCCAAGCACGCUUAGCGUGCGGUAGGAAAGGUUGCCUUUGGCGACUGUUUGAAGUGUCUACGCGAAGAGUGGCGCCAUUUGGGUUCAAUUCGGUGUGGUCUUAGUUUGCUGGGCCUGUAUCAGCGAGUGCACUUUGUAGGCUGGAAGAAGAGUGCUCUGUGCCUUGAAUAGAGUUAAUUUUUGGCUCGGUGUUGUCUUUGAAAUCUUCGGGAGCUUUAAUGUCGUCUCAUCCUUCGUGCUUUAGUUUCCGUCUUGAGAGGAAGUAUGCAGAGAGGUUGUAGUCUCGGAGAUGUAUCCUAUUCAUUGCUUUUGUAUGUCUGGAGGACCUCAAGAUCAUAUCUCCCGCUUCAUUGAGCCCGGUGCUUCAGCUACCUACAGGCGGUUUUACAGGUAGUAGAAAGCGGCUACUGCCGCAGCGUUGGAUGGCAACGCUAAGCGCAUUCCUGUAAUUAUUAUUAUUAUUAUUAUUAUUAUUAUUUCGAUCCCGUCAGAUGCCUCGUCAGAAGGAAGGUGGACAUGAUCCUGAUGCGUAGUCGUGGAGCUUGAAACGUGGACGGCGAUUCAAGCGCUCGUUAAGGCGGUGGCUCUGCAGUAUCUGCUUCUUUCGUGUAGCUAUUCUACAUAAUACGCGGGCAGCAAGUUUUCUCUACAGGUGGGUGGAGUUUCCCAUCAAGGAAGACAUGAAGGUCGACUCGCCAGUUCUGGGAGGUGGCGGUUUAGGGGGUUCUAUGGCAGAUUCCUUCUUUUCGGAGGACGAUUCCAGUAUUGUUACAAGUAGUUGUCACUUCUCACUUUGUGAUGCUCAGGAAAACAACCUUUCAUUGUUUGGAGGUGACAGUGUUGAUGAUAAAGCAGACUACAGCUGGGAUAGCUGUUUUGGCAAUUUGGAAGAUGUCGAUAACUUGCUCAGUUCUGAUCCAGAAUCCACGUUCGGGCGGGUGUCUUGCAGCCCUGCAACUUUGCAAUGGGCUGAUUCAGCAUCACCUCUUGAUCUGCAGUCGGAGAGUGAGUUGUCGGGGACUAAGUCGUCAUCAGUCAUUGACGCUGGACCAGGUGUGAACGAAAAGGUAGACGUUUUUGACUUGGAAAUGGAGUUUGUUCCUAUCAACGCUCCCCUAUCUAUACCAUGUGGAGGAAUUGGUCAAAAUACGACCUUCAUAGAAGCUGAAUUUCAACCUGCGACUAGUUUUGAGAGCAGGUUGCCCAAUAAUCAUGUCCAAGCCGAACUACAGUCUGAUCCGCAUUCUGGCGCCCAGGCCAAUUCAAGCGAUUGCUUAGAUGAUGCGAAGAUGAUGGAGGUUCUCACUGGAAGCAUGGCUACGUCUGAAAGUACCGAAAAUGUGUCAAUGGGAAUGGAUGCCCCUGAAGAUGAGUCAGGACCAUCUUCUGUCAGUGUUUCGGAUUCAGAAAAAGUCAAAGUGGCGCAGGCACAAAGGGCGAGACGACAUGCUGUGACUCGGAAAAGGCUCGAAGAAAGAAGUAAGCGGCAGCUCAACCACCGCAAGGGUUUUCAUGGUGCAGGUUAUGGGGGUCCACGGACGCUGCAUCCAAUGCCGAUGCAUAUGCCGGCUCAGGUAGCCCAUCUUAAUCAACCAUCUACCCCGAACAUGCAUAGUUAUCCCGUGAAUCCAUCAAACCUAUCACCAGCAAUGCAGCCAAUGUUUCGGCCUGGGGCCCCUUACAUGCACGGUGGGUACAGUCCUAUGCAUGUGAUGCCACAAGUUGCUCCACCUACUGGUCCUGCCCAAUUGCAAGGGCAAGGGUUGUAUGUAGGCUACCCACAGCCAUGUGCUUUUCCGCAGCCAUUGCCACCGUAUCAACAUCAACUUCGGCCACCCGGGAAGGUUUCAGUUCGUCCGCCGCCAAGUACUUCAACCAUGACUCCGCAGGAAAAGAUUGAAAAGCUGAAGUUAAUACAGCAGAUGCAUGCACGAUUGGCAGUGGAGCAGCAGGGGCAACAAUUUGCUGCUCAAGGGGUUGCUCCACUGGAUACUAGUGGUCCGAGGAAGGGGGUGACGCCCAUGCUUCCUUGUGUGGCUUCAAAAGAAGUGGAUGUAGGUGUGAAGCUUAGUGAAACGAAGAUGCCAGUAACAGAAAGCGAUACCGAGCCGUCUCUUUCAGUAGGUCAAACUGUUGUAGAUGGUGUGUCUGAUGACGAAGGAGGGUCUUUGGAGUCUGCGGUAUUGGAUCAACUGCAGAAUACCAUAAAGACGCAUCUGGAACUUGGAACUAGGAUAUGCAUAAGGGAUGCCUUGUAUCGUUUGGCAAGGAGUGCUAUGAGGAGGCAGGCUUCAGGUGGAAGAGCAACAGCAGAUGACACUGCGAAGUGUUCUCAAGCCUCGCAGGAUGCUGACGCUACCUCAACUGGUCUCGAAGCUUCUACCAACAGCGACCCUUCAUCAUUAAGCAGGGUGUCUAGGAUGGAUAUGACAAUGGUGGAAACACAGACAAAUCCCAUCGAUCGCUCCAUUGCACAUUUGCUGUUUCAUAAAAUGCAACCGCAGCCCAAUUCUGCCCAAGUGUCACCUAGCGAUGAUGGCAACCGUGCUGGCUUCCAACAGACCAACACUGCAGGACAAGUGAAUGGUCAUGCUGCAUGGAACCAAGGUACUGUGGCACAAGGCAAUUGGGCUGGACAGAAAUCUCAACUGAAUCAGACUGGAGACAUUUGUCCGGGUAUUGCUUCUAGUGUUGACAUGGUUUCAGCACCUUCGCUUCCGCCUCCCAAGGUUCUAAUGAUUCCCAAAUCCAUUUCAAGAUCGCAGGAUGACUCUGUCCUUAGGACGGUUGGAUCUAGUGAACAUCAGAGUGGCAUUUCAUCAGCCGUUAUGAAGAAAAGUACAUCGAGUGGGCACUUGCAGGGCAAUGUGACCGGAGUGGUAGGGAUGAGCGUUGAGCUUCCUUCUUCAAUGGGAUCGCAGUUGCAGAGUAGAUCUGAUGGUGAGCAACUAGUUCGACCAACUCAAAAUUUGACAAGCUCAUUGCGAAAGGAAUCUAGUAAGUUGAAAAAUGGUUUUCAGUGGAAACGGCUGCAGCAUGCUGUAGCCUUGAAGGAGCUGAGUCAAGUUCUCGCAGAAGAUCCGGAUGUUGCAUCGGGUCCUCUAUGUAAAGAAGAAAGUGGUCUGGCCCAGUCUGCACCACCCGUAUCUCCUUCUAGUGGCUCUGAUGAGUGCCAAGCAGGUGGUUUGUCGAAUCUUUCCAAAAACCUUGGAGAUAAAGACACAUCAAUGGAUGAAACGGUUUGAAGAAAUCUCACACGAAGAGGCAUAGGAAAAAUAUUGAAAAAAUUGAGAAUAGAUGAAGCGGCUAUAGACUAUUCAGGAAUGGUGUAGAUUUAUGAGCGAGAGAUGAGUUACUACUAGUUCGGAUCGGAAUUUUUUAGAUGUUUCAGUUCUUUCUCAGGCCUGUUGUGACAAUACUCGCUUUUUCUUAAGAUUUAACUCCUUGGAGUGCCAACUCUACUCUAUAAUUUUACAAUCUUGGUGGCACAAGGGUUCAAGUUUGGUGAAGUGGGUGUCAAGGAAGAGGAAAGUUAGGUUAAUGACACUGGAUCUUCAAGCUGUCUAUAUGGGAAAUAGGGAUUAGUUACCCACGAGUCGUAGGUGCUCUCUGCAAUGCUUUUUAGGGUAUCCGAACGAAGAGUGUUGGAUAUUGCGGCGAUCUUCAUGUAUACUGAAUUUUGGAUUUCCUGGGUUUUUACGCCAGUUUAGUAUAGGCAGUUAUGGCAAAAUCAUUCAUGAAAUUUGAUGAAAUGUUAUAUUAAUCUGUACCGUAUUUCUAUACUUGACUAUUUGCUCUGCACCCUUUUCU